GUAGGGUUUGUAAAUUUUUUUUUUUUUAAAUUGUAGGGUUUGACAAACCCUACAAUUUAAAAAAAAAAAAAUUUACAAACCCUACUUUAGUUUUUUUGAAUGUAUGUAUUAAUUUUAUUUUGUAUUUGUAAUGUUUUAUUGCAGCAAACUUCACUUUAUUAUUUGCCUCAGCUUCAACUUUCACAAAACUAUCCUAAAAUGUCUACUUCAGCUUCUAGACCCCCCAUGAGAAAGGACCCUGCUUGGAAAUAUCAUGAAGAUUUUCCAGGGCAAGGAAAGGGGCAAACAAAAUGUAUGUUUUGCAAAACAAUAUUCCAUGGAGGUAUAUAUAGGCUGAAAUACCAUAUUGCUGGUGUGCGUGGACAUGAUGCCGAACCAUGCCCAAAAGCAGUCUCUGAGGCCAUACGUGAUUGUUAUGUAAUGGUUGAGGAGAUUGAAAGAAAAAAGAAACAAAAGGAGGAUCGAGCGGCCAUUGGGAGAGAGACAGUUUUAGGAAGAGGGACACAGUUAGGUUGUGUUGGAGGCCCUUCUUCCUUACCUCCAUAUCGUCCCACUCAGUUUGCUACUGCUGGUGCUUCCGUUUCUGCUUCUGCUUCUAUAAGUGGCAGUGCCACUGCCACUGCCACUUCUCAUGCUCCUACCACUAGUAGUCAUAGUGGGAAUGUUACCAUUGGACCUAGGAUUCGUAAAUCUAGGUUGGAUUCCUUCUUUGUGCCUCGCACUACUCCUGGGUCCCAACCGUCGCUUGAGGGCAUGGGUUGGAACAAGGAGGUCCAUGAUGCUGCUAAAAUGGCAAUUGGCAGGUUUUGGAGCUACAGCUGUAUUCCAUUCUUUGUAGCCAGGUCUCCUUAUUGGCAACAAAUGGUUGAUGCCAUUACCAUAUGCGGGGCGGGGUUCAAAGCCCCUAGUGAGAGUGAUUUGAGGGGACCCAUUUUGUCUCAAAUGGUGGAUGAUGUGAAAAAGGAUUUAGAUGAACAACGCCACAUAUGGAGCACUAAAGGCUGCACCAUCAUGACUGAUGGUUGGACGGAUAGGAGAAAUAGAACUCUCCUUAAUUUUCUUGUUUCUUCCGCAGGGGGCACCGUUUUCAUCAAGUCCAUUGAUGCCUCCACCCAUUGCAAGAAUGCCACCUACCUAUGUGAGCAGAUAGAGGAGGUGAUUGAAGAUGUGGGUGAGGAGAACGUGGUACAGGUGGUGACCGACAAUGCAGCAAAUUAUGUUGCUGCGGGUAGACUAUUGAUGGAGAGGCACCCAUCUAUAGUUUGGACUCCAUGUGCUGCUCAUUGCAUUGACCUCAUGUUGGAGGAUAUUGGAAAAAUCCCAUGGGUCAAGAGAUGUGUAGAAAGGGCAAGAAAUGUCUGCAAAUUUGUAUAUAAUCAUUCAUGGGUGUUGGCUCUUAUGAGACAAUACACAGAGCAGAAGGAGUUGCAUCGUCCAGGAAUCACAAGAUUUGCCACAAACUUCCUCACAUUGCAGUCCAUGCUUAGGUCUAAGCCUGCCUUGAGACGUAUGAUUGUUGGUGAGGAGUGGUCUUCCUCAUCCUAUGCUACCACCCCUGCAGGGAUAGAGAUGGCAGACUGCAUUUUUGAUGAGCAAGGCUUUUGGGUCCCUUGUGAUGAGAUAGUGAAGUUUGUUAAGCCCUUGGUGGUUUUGUUGCGAGUUGCGGAUGGAGAUAAGCCCGCAAUGGGCUAUAUAUAUGAGGGCAUGGAUAGGGCGAAGGAGGCCAUCAAAUUCGUCUAUGGAGCAGAUGAGAGCAAGUAUGGUCCCAUUUGGGAGAUCAUUGAUAGGAGAUGGCAUCAUCAGCUACAUAGGCCCAUCCAUGCAGCAGCCUAUUAUCUGAAUCCGGCAUUCCGUUUUUAUCCCUUCUUUCAAGGCUGAUGCGGAGGUCCUUAAUGGGCUAUAUGCAAUCAUGGAGAAGAUGGGACCUGCCAGUAUUUCUCAGAUAGACCUUUUUCGAGAGCUACAGAUGUUCUCAGAUGCACAAGGGGAGACCUUCUCUCGUCCUGUUGCCAAACACGCUAGAACAACUAUGAUGCCAGGUAAAAAUAAAUUGUUAGGCUUAAUUUUAGUUUUAUUCAAUACUAUAUUGUAACUUGUUAAAUGAGUUCAUGAGUGAGACUGAUUUUAUUUAUUUUUCUCAUUUCAAACUCAGAUCAUUGGUGGAACUUUUUUGGCCCAG